AUGCGAUUCGCUGUUCUCCUUGCCCUCGUAGGGCUCGCUGCUGCUGCAGUAAUCGAACACCCACUUAUGUGGCGGAAAUCGAGGAAGAUCGAAAUGAUCGAGCGAGGAGAAUAUGCCGCCUACCUCGAGCACCUCUACUCUUUACGGGCAGCGAAUCUCGCUAGUCUUGGGCAGUCGGUGUCGGACUAUGGAGACUACGAGUACGUCGGUAACAUUACAAUCGGAACACCUGACCAGCAGUUUGUCGUGGUGCUCGACACUGGAUCAGCUAACCUCUGGGUACCAGAGACUGCCUGCGACUCAUCUUGCAACAAGAAGCACAAGUUUGUCUCUACUUCAUCGUCCACAUUCGUGAAAAGCACCAAGACCUGGACGAUCCAAUAUGGUUCUGGAGAUGCUAAGGGUGUGCUGGGAACUGACACUGUCAAGUUUGGCGGAUCUAAAGAACAGCAAUUGGCUGUACCAAAGACGACCUUCGGUUUGGCUACACACAUCUCGGCUGACUUCAAGAACGACCCAACUGAUGGUAUCCUUGGACUCGCCUUCACAUCUCUAGCUGUCGAUAAGGUCGUCCCUCCUCUAAUCAAUGCCAUCGACCAGAAACUGCUUGACCAGCCUUUGUUCACGGUGUGGAUGGAGCACCGUGGUAAACUCGAGGGAGCCCCAGGAGGUAUUUUCACUUACGGAGCCAUCGACACAAAGAAUUGCGGACCAGUCACCGCCUACCAGCCCCUUUCCUCUGCUACCUACUACCAGUUCAAGAUGGCCGCCAUUGGCUUGGGAUCGUACAAGAACACAAAGGCUUACGAAGUGAUCUCCGACACCGGCACAUCCUUCAUCGGUGGACCUAAGACUGUCACUGAUGCCCUGGCCAACGCUGCUGGAGCCAAAUACAGCGCUGUGGAGGAAUCUUACACUAUUGACUGCAACGCGAAGCCAGCCACACUUGACAUCACCAUCGGCAGCAACGUCUACUCCAUUAACCCCGUCAACUACAUCGUUAGCGCUGGAAACAAAAAAUGUCUCUUCGCAAUGUUCCCAUUCGAAUUCGGAGGUUUCGGACCUGCAUGGAUCCUUGGCGAUCCCUUCAUCCGUCAGUUCUGCAACAUUUACGACAUUGGACAGAAGCGAAUGGGAUUUGCCCCUUCACUUCAAAAGUAG